CCCUGUGUCCCAUCCCGUGUGCUGGCAGCACCCCACAGACGUGGAUUACCGGGUCAUGGCCACCUUCACCGAGUUCUACACCACCCUCCUGGGCUUCGUCAACUUCCGCCUCUACCAGUCCCUGAACCUGCUGUACCCUCCCAAGAUCGACACCCAGGCUGAGGAUGAGCUGAAGCCUGCAGAGGGCAAGGAGUACGCCAUGGAUUCAGAGAGCUACCUGGAGAGGCUCUCGGCUCUGAGCUCCAGCCUGGCCCGGGCAGUGGCUCCAGCCCACGAGGACGAGGUGGAGAUGGAUGAAUUCCCAGUGGAGGGGGAGACAGCAGAGCUGAUGGACGCCAAGAAGAAGGAGCAGGAGGCUCUGGAGAAGCACAAGAAGCUCUUUGAAGGGCUGCGCUUCUUCCUCAACAGGGAGGUGCCCCGGGAGCCGCUGGCCUUCGUCAUCCGGUGCUUUGGUGGCCAGGUGUCCUGGGACAAGUCCCUGUGCAUCGGUGCCACCUANGGUGUGUUCCUCUCCAUCAAGGGCAUCUACUACCAGGCAGAGGUGCUGGGGCAGCCCAUCACCUGGAUCACCCCCUACGCCUUCGCCCACGACGGCUGA